AUGCAGAACAGUUCCCUCGGGCCGUGGAUGGUAUUCUUAGAAAGUCACUACGUCGAUGACUACUUGGAUAGCUUCGGUAGUGUCGAGGAAGCGAAGCAGGUAGCGGAAGAUGUGCAAAGUGUGCACCGUGAUGGAGGUUUCAAUCUACGUAACUGGAAAUCAAACUGUAAUGAAAUUCCGCGACAUCUGGGAGAAACUAAAGCAGUUGACAGCAAGAACUUAUACAUUGGAGUUGGUGAAGCAACGGAACGAGUCCUAGGAAUGCUCUGGAAGCCAACUGUGGAUGAGCUCUGCUUUUCUACACGAAUGAGCGACGAGGUACGAGCUCUAAUCGAAAGGGGUGACGUGCCAACCAAACGACAGGUACUUCGCUGCGUGAUGACGCUGUUUGAUCCGCUCGGACUGCUUGCGCCGUUUCUCAUACACGGUAAGGUCCUGAUUCAGGAUUUGUGGCGCGCAGGAACCGAUUGGGAUGAAGCUAUUGGAGACGUGUCCUACGACCGUUGGAGAAAAUGGGUGGAAAUGAUUGAGUUCGUGUCUACAAUAAGAAUCCCGAGAUGCUACUUUCCUCGAGCAAACGAACAAACCUACAAACGGGGCCAACAGCACGUCUUCGUAGAUGCGAGUCCAACGGCGUACUCCUGUGCAGUUUACUUUCGUGUCAAGGAUGAAAAGGGAGUUAUACGCUGCUCCCUGGUAUCUGGGAAAGCUAAGGUUGCCCCUCUUAAGCCUAUGUCUAUCCCAAGACUUGAGCUUCAAGCUUGUGUUCUUGGAACACGCAUGCUAAAAUUUGUGCAGGAAAAUCACACAAUAAGUGUUGUAAGGCGGAUUCUGUGGACCGAUUCCACUACAGCCUGGCACUGGAUACGAUCGGAUCCCCGUAAUUUCAAGCCAUUCGUAGCUCACCGUGUGGGAGAAAUACUGGAGAACACGAAUGCUACGGAAUGGAGGUGGAUACGGUCACACUCUGCUGACGAAGCAACCAAAUGGGGAUGUGGUCCAUACUUUUCAGAAGAGAGCCAAUGGUUCGACGGGCCGAAAUUCUUACUGAAAUCCGAGUGUGAUUGGCCAUGCUCUACACCACCUUCUGUGAACAUCCCAGAAGAAAUUCGACCAUCUGUGCUGCAUCACGCUACAGUCGAGCGUAUUAUAUAUUUUGAGAGGUUUUCAUCUUGGGAUCGAUUGAAUCGUGCCGUUGCCUACACUUUUUUCGCAUAA